AUGAGCUUCACUGGAAAGUAUGAGCUCCAGUCCCAGGAAAACUUUGAGUCCUUUAUGAAAGCCAUGGGGCUCCCCGAUGAACAGAUCCAGAAAGGAAAGGACAUCAAGAGCACCUCAGAGAUCGUGCAGGAUGGGAAGAAGUUCAAGAUCACAGUGACCACCGGCUCCAAAGUGCUGCACCAAGAGUUCACCAUUGGGGAGGAGUGUGAGCUGGAGAUGCUGUCAGGGGAGAAAGUCAAGGCUAUUGUUCAUAUGGAAGGUAACAACAGACUGAUUGCAGACCUGAAAGGGAUCAAAUCCAUCACUGAACUCGACGGAGACACCAUCACCCUUACUAUGAAAGUGGGAGACAUCACCUACAAGAGGGUCAGCAAGAGAAUCUAGAAACCCCGCACACACCAAACAUUUUACUGUGUAAAAUGUGUCCAUUAAAGUAAAAUUUGUAUUAAAA